GCGUAAACAGUGCGGCCGGAGCCUGGUAACCGAGUGGCGGCCGCAGCAACAGUCGCCGGCUCCUCCGCGCGGCCGGGCGGGGCGAAGCGGCAGCUCUGCUUGGGCUGGGCGGGCAGCGGCGGCCGCCGGAGACCCCCAGCUCCCGAGGGUAGCGUUUGUCAGGGGCCCUUUCGGCCACCCCGGCACCGGGCGAGGGAAGCGGCUGCGUGCCCCGCCGCGAGCAGGAGGCGGCACCGGUCGCUGGUGCGCAGAUUCUCCCCCGCCCGGGGGCCGCGUCCCCGCCGCCGCCGCCCCGCGCACCUAGCGGAGGGGGCGGAUGGUGUGAGGGAGGCGGGACCGGGGCCACGGCCGCGGGGGGGGGGCUGAAGGAGCACGCUCCGCCAGUGACCCCGGCAGCGUGCGCGGUCAGCGCGCCGCGGCAUCGCCCCCCUCCCGGUCGCUUUCCUGGAAAGCGGAGCGGGAGGGGUAGCGGGGUCUCGCUGUGAAGAUGGCGACCCCCGGGAUGAGCUGGCAGCAGCAUUACUACGGCAGCGGCGGCUCCUCAGCCAGCGCUGGGAAAUUCGUCGCGUCCAGUUCCCAGCCGGGGCUCAGCGUGGAGUACAGCCAGGAUCUGCACCUCAAAAUGAGCAAGAAAAUAGCCCAGCUCACCAAGGUAAUAUAUGCUUUAAACACUAAGAAUGAUGAACACGAAGCUGCUAUUCAAGCCCUCAAGGAUGCUCAUGAAGAAGAAAUCCAACAAAUUCUUGCAGAAACAAGAGAGAAGCUCUUACAGUAUAAGAGUAAAGUUGCUGAAGAAAUGGAUCUUAAGAGAAAGAUCCAGGUUUUGGAAGAGUCAUUGGAAGAUCAUAAAAAGAUGAAACAUCAAGCCUUGACAGAAUUUGAAGCUUACAAGGACAGAGUUGAAGAUAUGCAGCUUUGUGCAGAAGCCCAGCAUGUCCAGCGUGUAGUAACUAUGUCAAGAGAAGUAGAAGAGAUUAGAAAGAAGUUUGAGGAGAGGCUACGAAGCUUUGUACAAUUGCAAGUACAGUUUGAGAAAGACAAACGCUCAGCUCUGGAAGACUUGAGAGCAGCACACAGAUUGGAGAUUCAAGAACUUCUGAAAACUCAGCAGAAUCAGAAUGCUACUUUAAGUAAGGGGCAAGAGAAGCUAGAGGAGUUGCACAGGUUGGAACUGGAAGAUUUAAACAGCAAAGUUGAAGAGCUAAGACUGGAGAGGAAAAAACUCAUUGAGGAGUAUGAAGGCAAACUCAGCAAAGCUCAGUCCUUUUAUGAACAUGAACUUGAUGCUUUGAAAAGAUCUCAGCUCUUUACAGCUGAAAGCCUGCAUGCCAGCAAAGAGAAAGAAGUGGAGCUAAGAAGAGAGUUUCAAAGCCAAGAAGCUGUUUUACGGAAGAACCUUGGGAAACUGAAGACUGAAUUGCAGAUGGUACAGGAUGAAGUGGGUAGUCUGCGAGAAAAAUGCCAAAAGCUUCAGGUAGCACUCAGUACAGCAGAAAACACUGUUCAGGUGCUUCAAAAACAGCUAGAUGAUGUCAAGGAGGAGGAGAUAUCAUUGUUAAGCAAACACAAGGAGGUGGAAAGUGAGCUAGCAGCUGCUAGGGAACACUUACAGCAGCAGGCCACAGAUCUGUACUCAAAGCCAGUCACAGGAAUUCUUCAAGCUACACAGAUGACACAGGAAGUUACAAUAAGAGAUUUGGAAUCAGAAAAAUCUAGAUUAAAAGAGAAACUAUCUCAGCUGGAAGAGGAAAGAAAUCUAUUGCAGAGCAAAACACAAAGUCUGGAUGAAAGACAAAGGCAGCAGAUUCUGGCACUGGAAAAGAAGGUAAAUGAAGCAAGGGAAACGCAACGAGAGUAUUAUGAGAAAGAGCUGAUAAAGCUGCAAACCAGAUUGGAAGGGGAAGCUGCACAGUUAAAUGAGGCUCAUUCUAAGACCUUGGAAGAAUUGGCAUGGAAACAUCACACUGCGAUUGAGGCUGCACACAGCAAUGCUACCAAGGAAAAGAAAAAGCUGCAGCUGGAGUUGGAGCAGCAAUUUGAAAAGGAGAAACUACAUCUGGAAGGGGAUAAGAAUCAGCUUAGACAGCAGCUGGAAAAUAUGAGGGAAGAACUGACUACAAAGCUGACUUCAGCCAAUCAGGAGGUGUGUCGUCUACAAGACCAAGUAAGAAAAAGUGAACAGGGCCUUGGUGCUGCAGAAGGACACAUCUCCAAUCUUCAAGAAACGCAGGAAAUACUCCAAAAAGAACUAGAGUUAACCAAAGCAAGGCUGAGAGAAACCACGGAAUCAUUGUAUAAUAUUGAGGGGGAACUAGAACAGGAGAGGCAGCAGCAUGAAGCAAAGAUUUCUGCUAUGAGGGAAGAGGAGAAGAUGAAAGUUGACAGAAUGGCUCGUGACCUAGAAAUAAAAUGGACAGAAAAUCUUCGACAGGAAUGUAGUAAACUUCGUGAAGAGUUGAGGCUUCAGCAUGAAGAGGAUAAAAAGGCCGCCAUGACUCAGCUCUUGCAACUGAAAGAACGUGAAAAAAAUGCUGCCAGGGAUGGCUGGCAAAAGAAGGUGGAAGAUCUUUUAGACCAGAUCUCCUUGCUGAAACAGAACCUGGAGAUGCAGCUUUCCCAGUCUCAGAGCUCCUUGCAGCAGCUACAGACCCAGUUUAGUCAGGAGCGACAAAGGCUUACCCAGGAGCUGGAGGAACUGGAAGAAGAGCAUCAGCAAAGGCAUGAAUCCCUGAAGGAAGCACAUAUCCUUGCAUUUCAAAACAUGGAACAAACAAAAGAACAAGAACAAAAGGAACUAGAAGAGCACUUACAGCAAAAACAUUCUGAAGAACUUCAGACACUGAAAGAAGCACACAAACAAGCUAUGGAAGGUUUCAAAUUGGAAAUGGAACAGGAACUUCAGACUCUUCGAUUUGAGCUGGAAGAUGAAGGGAAAGCUAUGCUAGCCUCUUUGCGCUCAGAGCUAAAUCAUCAACAUGCAGCAGCAAUUGACCAACUAAGGCACAACCAUCAACAAGAAUUGGUAGCUGCUAAAAUGGAACUUGAAAGAAGUAUAGAACUCAGCAGACGACAGGAGAAGGAAUUUUUGUGCCGAGUAUCAGAUCUACAGGAUGAACUCAAACAUCGCGACCAUCAUAUAUCUGAAUUGGACAAGGAGGUUCUGACUCUGCAUGAGAAUAUAAGUGCCCUAACCAAGGAACUAGAGUUUAAGGGAAAAGAGGUUCUCAGAAUACGCAGUGAAUCCAACCAACAGCUAAGGAUACAUGAGCAAGAUUUAAGCAAGAAACAUGAGAAAGAGCUGGAUGUCAUGACAGCAGACCACAUCAGAGAGAAACAAAGCAUUCUCGCAGAUUUUAAUAAGACCCAAGAGCUACUCAAGGAAAUUAAUUCAGCUUUACAAGUUUCUUUAGAAGAAAUGGAAGAGAAAUACCAAAACAGGGAAUCAAGACCAGAAGAUUUACAGCUUAUUUCAGAAUUAAAAGACCUGAUUGCAGAGAGGGACCAACUCAUAAAGAAACUGAUUGAUGACAAAAAAUUCUAUCAACUGGAACUAGUCAACAGAGAGACUAACUUCAACAAAGUGUUUAAUGCAAGCCCUAAUGUCGGAAUUAUUAAUCCACUGGUGAAGCAAAAGAAGAAGAAUGAUAAAUCAACAAACAGGUUUGUGAGUGUCCCCAAUCUAAGUGCUCUGGAAUCCAGCGGAGUGGGCAAUGGACAUCCUAACCGCCUGGAUCCCAUUCCUAAUUCACCCAUCCAUGAUAUUGAGUUCAACAGCAGCAAACCACUUCCACAGCCAAUACCACCCAAAGAGCCCAAGACGUUUUUGAGCCCUCCUCAGACUGAAGCUUCACCAGAUCCACAACGCCAGGAAUGGUUUGCCCGAUACUUCACAUUCUGAGAAUUUUUUUUUGUGGCAUAGCGUGGUGUGGAUUGUUUAUAAGAGCAUGCCUUUAAGUAACCCUAUGUGAACAAGCUUUCCUGUACUAUGUCAAACACUGUGAAUGAGAAAGUAUUUGUCUCUCUGAUUUGAAAAUGCACUGUAUUUCAUGUGGUAUUUGUUGGAAUCACUUGACAUGAUACUAUAUAAUGUGCGUAAUUAUAUCAAUUAUUUUUAUUUAAAAUGGAAGAGUCUUUAAACUUUGUAUUUAUUACAUAAUAAAUUUUGGUAGAACAAACAUAAGGCUUUCCCCAUUUUUCCUAUAAAUAUAUGUUUUCUUUGGUUGCAGUAAGGCUCCCCCUCCUUCCAAAGCAAUGUACUGCAUGGUUAUAAUAUAUCAAAAUAAUCUUUCAAUGAUAGAUAAAAUAAAAUAAAAAAUAUCAGACUAGGGCAAGGUAUGUUUAAUCCAUCCCAAAUUUAUUUUUAUUUGUAGCACUUUAAUAAUUGUCCUCUUACUAACAUUUAAAGUGAUGAAUGCGAAAUAAAUCAGACAUAGUUUAGCUGCUGGCCUUCAGAAUUGAGUGACUUUGAUAAGACCAUAAAAAAAAAACAUUCAGCGUUUUCUUUUUUGCGAACUUCUUACUUACUGCUCAUUAGACUCUGCACUCUAGAAAUAACUACUACAUUUGAUGUUGAGUUUCACCAGAACCUGCCUUCACAAAUUACCUGUUUAUUUUAUGAAUAUCUACAAAGACAAAUGCUCUUCGGAACAUUUGGGAUACUACACUAAGUAUCACUGUGUAAACCGAGAAUCAUUAAAGGAAAUCUGCAUUUUGGGACAUCCUCCUUCAGGCAGAAUACAGGCUUUAAAAGUAACCCUAGACAAAUUAUACACACAAUCGUAUGCAAAUCUUUCAUUAAAGCUCAACCAUAUUCAAUUGUCUACAUGAAGGAAGUUUCUUUUUUACCUUUUGACAUGAAUCCAUGGACUACUUGGCUUUUUCAGGUAGUAAGCCUGAUUCCCUAGUCUGUUACACUGGUGUGACACCAGUGUUACUUCAUUGCCAGACAACUGCUAUAACAGAUUGGAGAAUCAGGCCUAUUGGCUUUAUUAUUUAUAUUCUUUGAUAAUUCAAAGAUUACCACAAAGUAAUUAACACUGGUAGUCUCAGGGAGAAAAAUAUCUUUGUUUUAUGAAUGUAUUUUAAAUCUGAAACUCUCUUUAAAAACAGCAAAGGACUAUUCUGAUUUAUUAUUUAAAUAAGAUUUUAAUAGCACAUGCAAAAGCACAUAGAUCUUCAUUAUUUCCUCUGAAGCCCUGACUAUAUCCUAUUUCCCUUUAUAUACAAACAAAUAUCCAGUAAAAUAUACUCACUAGUUAUAAUAAUAAGUUUUAUAUGUCGUAUAUAUAUAUAUAUAAAUGAACAAUUUGUAUGUUUUCAAAAAUUUCAUUUAGAAUAUUUUAUAUCUUCUAUAACUCAGCUUGAAAACUUUCACUGAAAGCCGUGCUCUGGUGAUCCUACCAUAGUGUGAAGUAAAGAGCAGAUUCUGUGUAGUUGGUGGACUCAACUGUCGGUAAAUGCAAUUUUUAAUUUUAGAAGAAAGCCAUAUUGGGUCAAAAUGUUGGAUUUCUUGGCUGUUACCUGAAAUAAAACACACUAGAUCAUUUUGCUAUAACAUUCUGAAGUGAGUGUUGUAUUUUUUCUUCUCUGCUUUAGCCAGUGUUGUUAAAAGGACACUGCUUCUUUGCCAACCCGGUACCUCAUUGGUUAGAGUGUUAAGUUGCAUAAUCAUACGUUUUUGCUUAUGAAAUUUAUAGAUAUAAACUAUAAAUAAAACCAACGAAACUCCACUUCA